AACCCUCUGCUGUAGAAAAACCCUUUGCUCUCCAGUGUGACAAAGACAUAGAAACCCUAGAAAUGGCGAUCUCACUGAGACGUGGAAUUAUCUCUGCAAGAAAGUUAAUUUUCUUAAAACCCACAUUUCGUUGUUCAGAGAUUUCAUACAUUUCUUCAUCAAAUUCGAAUCAAUCCAAUGUUAUUUCAGAAACUUCUCUUUUCGGAAUUCAUCAUCUUGAGUCUUCAAAUCAAUUAGGGCUUGAUUAUCUUAAAGAAUGUCGAAGAGGGUUUGCUAAAGGAAAGAAAUCAAAGAAUAGCGAUAACGGAAGUACAGCAGAAGUAGUAGAUAUUGGACCUAGUCUUAAAGCAAAUACUUCAGCUUUGAUGGAAGCAGCUCAAGUUGCUUUAUCAAAAGAAUUGAGUCAGCUCAGAACCAAUAGAGCAUCUACUGGACUUGUUGAUCAUCUCCUUAUCGAGACUAGCAGUGGAAAGAUAUCUUUGAUCCGUGUCUGUGCUGUUUCUGUCUUAGAUGCACAAACUAUUUCUAUAUCACCGUAUGAUCCUAAGACUCUUAUGAAGCCGGUAGAAAAUGCUCUUCGUGAAUCUCCAUUAGGUAUAAAUCCGAAAGUGGAAGGUGAUCGACUUAUUGUGCCUAUCCCUCCGAUGACUAAGGAAACCAUGCAGGCAAUGUGUAAGGUGGUUGCCAAAGCUGGAGAAGACGUUAAGCUUAGUAUUAGAAGGGCUCGGCAAAAGGCAAUUGAUACGAUAAAGCAAGCUUCUUCAAGUAUGCCCAAGGAUGACUUGAAAAGACUGGAAAAAGAAAUUGACGAGAUGAACAAGAAAUACAGCAAGUCUACAGAAGAUAUGUGCAAAGCAAAGGAGAAGGAGAUUAAUUCUCCUUCUUAAUAGCUUUUUGAAGAGGAGAUAUUUAGUCCACCAUGUGGAUUGAACUUCAAUUUUUGUAGAAAGCUUUCCAAGAUUAAGUAGAACUUUGUAGUUGGAUACUGUAAUUCCCUUCGGUAGGUUUGUUUUACGAAGUUGUAAUUGCUUGAUGUUGGAAAAAUGGUUUCGGACGUCACGUUGUUGUCACUUAAGAGAAUCAGUAUGGUUUUGGAUAAUUAUAAUACAUGCAGAUAUAUUGGAUUAUCAUUGCACAUUUUUAUCA